AUGGUCCGCGAACACCGCCGACUGUCCUCCCUCAACUUCCUCUCGGGCCCAUUCCGCAGACUGCGCAACAGAUCUGCCUCCACCCCCCCACGCCACGGCACACCCCUCUUGACACUCCCCGAUGCGCUCCUCACCGCCAUAGCCACCAUCCUCGACGACCCCCUCGACAUCUCGCACUUCCUCCUCUCCAACCGGCGCCUCUCUGCCCUCCUCACGCCCCUCCUCUACGACGCCGCCUUCCUCAUAAACCCCUACACCCGCCUCGCCGCCUCGGCCCUCUGCCGCGCCGCCAAACUCGGCCAUGUCACCGUCGUGCAGCACCUCCUCGACCGCGGCGUCAGCAUGACCGACCCCACCCCCUGGACCGGCAUUGACCACCCCCUCCACACCGCCGCGCGCGACGGCCAGCUCGCCGUCGUCGAGACGCUCCUCAUGCACGAAGACGCAGCCGCCGCAUGCCGCAUCACAGACUCACACGGCUACACGCCCUUCCACCUGGCCGCCCUCAACGGCUUCGCAAGCGUCACAAAGCUCUUCCUCUCCCCGCCCAUAAACACACCCGUCGACCUCCGCUCCGACCCGGCCACAACCCAGCACGGCGCCACAGCACUCCACUACGCCGCAUCAUGGGGCCACGACAACGUCGUCAAGCUGCUCCUCCGCUCCGGCGCGGACCCCGCGUCCACCACGUCCGACGGCGCAGCGCACACACCACUACAAUGGGCGCUGCAGAACUUCUGCAAUAUGGCCCCGCUGGACCCGAUCGACCCCGCGGAGACCAUCAUCGCGCUCCUCGCUGCACGGCCGGAAAUGAUAAACACGCCCAACGCGGCGAGCGGCCGCCCGCUGCUCCAUUUCGCGGCGACAAGCGGCGACUACUCCCCGCAGCGCCGCUUCGGCGAGCACUACUCGCAGAUCCGCGUGUCACCCACGUUUGCGCGCAGCGCCGCCGCCGCCGCACUCCCGCGUGACGCGCGGGGGAGGCGGGAGGCCGCAAAGGAGCUUCACAAGCGUGUUAUCGCGCUACUGCUCGCCAACGGCGCUGCCAUCAACGCUGUCGACCGCGAGGGGAAGACGGCGCUGUUCCACGCGGCCGAGCACGGCGAGGAGCAUUUUGUGCGGAACUUUGCUGAGCUUGGUGCGGACGUUGGGGUGGUGAGUGCGGCGGGGGAGACGGCGCUGGAGAUGGUUGUGGCAAGGAGGAUGGGCGGGGAGGGGUGGGAGAUGGUGGAGGCGUUGUUGGAUCAUGGGGGGUUGUGGAGUUGGGGAAUGGGGGUAGGUUGGCGGGGGAGGUGGGGGAGAGGGAGAGGGGGGAGUUGGGGCGGUUCGUGA